CUCUCAAUGCGCUUGCGCCACAUCCAGACAAUGGAGGCGCAAACUCCUCUUGGAAGCGGGCGCACAUUACGCAUACACCAAGGGGCACAGCGUGAAGGAGAAAAACAUGGAUUCCCUCUUGCCCGAGAUUACUGCGCGUGCGCUUCACCCAGACACUGCGGGGAAAGAAACAGAUGUGCUGGAGGGGAACAGUUGCGCAGUGCGCAGGCGCGAUCUGACCGCAUACAAAGGAGCGAGCCGAAUGCAGCAACUCUCGUCUAGACUCGGGGAGGUUGUAGCCCCUGGGAACUACAAUUCCCAGGGAUCAGAGGAUGGCGCGCUGCGUGUUGGGAGAUGUAGUCUUUGGAAGGACACAACACCGUGCUAGUAAAAGUAUCCAUCAACUGAAAUAUGCCUUGGUGGAAGGAGAUCCCACAGCGGGAGAAAGUGAAGUUGCAUUUGACCAGUCCUCCACAGGUAAUGAUGAGAGUGGGGAAACGGCCUGGCAGGAACUGCAACACAGUCAUGCAGUUAAUCAGCUUAAAGCUUUAUUGCGGGAGCAAGAAGGACUAGAAAGUGAAGUAUCUCCAUCAAGGAGGAGGAAGAUGUCACCCUCAAGAACUUCAGAAGCUGCAGAUCAGAGUUUGCCUACACUUUGUGAUCUUGUUCCUAUCAUUAAUGAUCAGUCCCAGUACAUUCACCACUUAGAAGCUGAAGUGAAGUUUUGCAAGGAGGAGUUGUCUGGGAUGAAAGAUCGGAUACGAGUAGUUGUGCUUGAAAAUGAGAAACUCCAUGAGGAACUGAAAUCUCUAACUGUAGAGCAGACGUUGAGAGAACAAACUCUUUUGGAUGCUUCGGCAAAUGUUCGGAACUCCUGGACUGUAGGAGGUGAUGAUUCUUAUUUAUGUCAACCUGCCAAGUCAUCACCAUCACAUAAUAAAGAACAGGUUUUGGCCACAAGAGCCACUGCAGAAACAGAAAAAUGGCAGCUAGAAUUGGAGAAGCUAAAACUUCUUUAUCAAGAAAGGACUGAUACACUUGAAGCUCAAGUACGGUCUCUAAGAAAAGACUUAUCUGAAUCUGAGAAGAACUGUGAAGAUCUAAAAGGAAGAUUAAAACACCAAGAUUCACUUAUUGCAACCAGUAAUUCCAACCGGGUUGGUGGUCUUUGUCUGAAAUGCGCACAGCACGAGGCUGUUCUUUCUCAGACUCAUUCCAGUGUCCACAUGCAGACCAUUGAAAGGUUAACAAAAGAAAGAGAUGACUUAAUGGGUGCACUUGUUUCAGUAAGAAGGAACCUGAGUGAGAUGCAGCAAAGGGAAUCUAGUGCUUAUGAACAAGUAAAACAAGCUGUGCAAAUGACUGAAGAAGCCAAUUUAGAAAAAAUGAAGGCUCUAGUCCAGUGUGAACAGCUGAGAAGUGAGAUGGAAAGACAGAAAGAUCGCCUUGAAAGGGAGCUAAUUGCCCAACUAGAUAAGAGGGCCGGUGAAAAAGAAGCCCUGCGAGGAGAAAUGAAGAAAGAAAGAGAGGACUUGGCAUCAACGGUGAUGGUUUUGUCUCAGAAUGUGGCAACACUGGAGGCUCGGUUAGAGAGAAUUACAAGAGAGAAGAACUCAAUAGCUAACCAGCUAGAGGAAGCCCAAAACCAACUUACCUCUCAGGAGAUGGAAGUUAAUAAGGUGUGUGGAGAAAUGCGUUUUCAGUUGAAUCAAACCAAAAUGAAGAAGGAUGAGGCAGAAAAGGAGCACAGAGAGUACAGAACAAAAACUAUAAGGGAGCUUGAGAUUAAGGACCAGGAAAUAGAGAAAUUGGGAUUAGAGCUGAAUGAAAACAAACUGCGUUUGGAACAAGCACAGCAGGAUGCAGCAAGAGCCAAAGACGAGUGCCUAAAACUGACAGAACUUCUGGGUAAAUCUGAGCACCAACUGCACCUCACCAGAUUGAAGAAAGAAAGUAUUCAGCACAGUUUUAGCAAUGAAGCAAAGACCCGAGCCCUUCAGGCAGAGCAAAGAGAGCAGGAGCUGACACAGAAGAUGCAACAAAUGGAGGCCCAGCAUGAUAAAACUGUGAAUGAACUGGAUUCUUUGCUGACCUCCCAGAAUACAUUCAUAGCAAAAUUAAAGGAGGAAUGUUGUAUGUUGGCAAGGAAGCUGGAACAUAUAACAGAAAAAAACAGGUCUGAAGUCAGCCAGCUUAGUCAAGAAAAUGAGUAUGUUCAUGAUAGACUGGAGAAGAUGCAGAAAAGAAAUGAUGAAUUGGAAGAACAGUGUAUCCAGCAUGGGAGAAUGCAUGAGAGAAUGAAGCUGAGGUUACACCAGCUUGACAAGCAUUGCCAAACCACUGCCCAGCAGCUAGUGGAGUUACUCAACAAACAGAAUCAGCUCUUCAGAGAGAGGCAGAUGCUAACAGAGGAGGUGCAGUUCCUGCGAACACAGAAGCUGAAGAAUGUUGCAUUAAGAGAAAGUGAAAUAACCCUGCACCAAGGAGAGACAGAGACUCUCUGAAGCCCACUAAGGACUCUGAGAUGUGGAAGAUCCUCAGAAAGCAGAUGGGCAGCAGUACACAACCACGACUACCUUCUAGAUGUUGUGCUGCUAACUACAUUGAAUAUUGUUACCACUGAAAGUCUGCUUUGCAGUUGUAAAAGAUGCAUUUGUUAAAACAGGGAACAUGUGCUGCAGUCAAGGCUUUUUACCACCACCACCACCUAGCAGUUUUCAGCAGUAGAUCUUAAAGUACUUCAGUCUAAUGUAUUGGUUGUAACACCUCUGUGAAGUAGAAAGUAGUGCAUCCAAACAGGGAGACUUGGAAGGAAAGAAGGUUGGUGACUUUUUAAAAAUUUAUUUCUGCAAAACAAGAACCUCAGUAAUCCAGCUGAAGUGUUUUUAAAUAACAUUGGAUCCAUGGGAACAGGAACAUAGCUCAACAGAACUGUAUGGUGCACAAGGCAAAUGUUUAAAGGAAAUGAAGGACAAUUCAUUAUAAGUUGGAUAUUUUAAGUCUAGAUAAAUAUGAAUUCCUUUAAGCUUCUUGUAUUUUGUUCAAAAGCAAUAAUUUUGAGUAUAUGGCACUAUUGAUCCUAUUUUGAGACUUCAUAUGAUGCCACAUUUCAUAUUUAAAUUGAUCACAAUACCAAAACCAAAUACUUGCCAUGUCCAUAAAAAUAAUAGUAACCAAGAGUGGUGCUGUCACAAUGAUGCUGGUUAACAUUGCUGAUCUUAGCUGUACAUAAUGUGCAAGGUGAGCCUUGAU